GCCGCACAGCUUUAAACUCAGCUCGUCUUCUCACGAGAUUUCACCAAAAAUUGCUGCCAAACCUCACCGCCAUCACCAACUCCACCAGCAAUGACAGGCCCGACAUCAACAAUACGGCGGCGCGCGCAAUCCUCUCUUCUCACAGCCUUCUCUGUUCACAGAUCGCCACAAUGCAGAUCAUUCUUCGCCUUCCCCGGCACCGACUCGCAGGUGCAAAAAGUCUCCCUCACCCGCACUCUCCCAUACUCGCCCUCCCUGCUCUACUCCGUCGUCUCGAACGUGGACGACUACUCCACCUUCGUGCCUUACUGCACUAGCUCUAAAAUUACACAGCUCGACUCCGCCUCCGGGCAGCCGUCGCGAGCGAUGCUUCGCGUCGGGUGGCAGACUUUUGAAGAGGAGUUCGAGAGCGAGCUCACGUGCGAUGAGCCAAACUCCGUUAUCGCCGAGUCUUCAAAGCAUUCUCUUUUCAAGAUCCUCUACACAAGAUGGCGCAUCUUCCCCGUCGCCCCGACCCCCACCACAUCAUCCACACAGUCAUCACCAACAUCAUCUACCUCCCAAGGCCGUCUCGUCCUCGACCUCAAAUUCCAAUUCGAAAGCCCUCUCUACAACGCCGUCUCUGCGCAGUUUGCGCCCGCCGUCGCCCAAAUCAUGAUCGAAGCAUUUGAAAAGCGAAUGGCUACCGUACAAAGAUUAAAGCUGCUCGAAGAGAAUAAGCCGAAGCAGACCGGCGUCGCGGACGCCACUUCCACUACAACUUCUGCUUCUGCUGCUGUCAGUGGGGGAGGUGCGGGUACUUCUAGUAGUUAAUAAUAGACUGUGUUUUA